UCAUUUGUUUUGACAUGAAGUAUCUAGUUCUCGUUCUCUUCGUGGCUCUUGUAGCUGGCAAUGUUUACCAUCAGCCAUUUUCACCUCAAUUAAAGCCAUCAUGGCAGAUUGCAUCGUCUCCGGCCUACCACCCUUUCUUAACUCGUUUAUAUUAUCGUCCAACCCAACCCAAGGAUUGCGGACAACAUCAAGAUUAUUUUUCAUUCUUCGAUUAUUUCCCUUUCUAUCCUUACGUUACCAACAUUCAACAAGGACUUCCUUCGGGACAGCAGCGAUCACCUGCAGCAAAGAAAAACGACAGAGAUCCAUCACAAGAUUGGCAAAAGGUUUUGAAACAACGUUCGCGUUGGAAUCAAAAGUUUUUCUUGCUCGAUAACGAAGCUCAAACGGUUCACGCUCUUCGCCCUUUCAAUCCGCUUGAGAUGUUCAGCUAUCAAAUCAAUCAAAUCAAACCGUCUGCGCCUCUGACUCGUCCCGUCUUUGCUAGACGCACGGUCUUACUGACAGUUACAGAGACUGUUAGGCAUAUAGAUAUACAAAUUUGCAUACCGUCCACUUUGUUCACUGCUCCGAGUAAUCCAACUGAAUGUCCGACCUAUAAUCGGACGAUACGUCAUUUAACAAGCUACGAUGAUUUGCUUCAAGGUGAAAACAUCGUCCCAUCGUCCCCCAGUCUUGUGAUGCCGACGAUUUUGAAUAUUCAAUCAAAACCAUCUCCUGUUUAUUCAAUUGAAUCUUCCAAAGAUGAGGAUCUCAACGAAGAUCGAGGUUUGGUUUAUUACGAGAUGGAAGAGUUAGCAAGGAAAGACAGGGCCAUGUUUCCGUCGCCAACUACAAAGAUCGAGACCGUUGUGGCCACCGAAACUUCUAUCGAGACACGAGCUGUAAUACCAUUGCAUCUACCGACAAAUGCUACAGCAGGCCAGCUCAUUUGCGUACCGCCCGGCCUCGUCGUUUGCGCAUGAAUCAAUUGCUCGUGAAGGAGCAGUUUUUAAGCUGUGCUUCUCUAUUUUUAUCACAUGCUGUUACUUUCCGUUAUUCAGUCAAAACGCUGCGUGGCAUUUAUGUUUGUAUCCACACGUUAUUGGAAUUACACAGCGCUU